AGGGGAAGAUGGCCACCGUCUCUUUACGCUGAAGGAAACGGAGCGCUCUUCAACCCGCCUUUGCAGCAACAACAACAACAACAACAACAACAACGCCGUCCUCUUCCACGCUUGUACCCAACCGCUGCUUUUCUCUGAUAACUGGCAUUGUGGAACUGCUCAAGGAUGGCUAAUCUGAUGUCUCAGAGUUUGGUGACUUACGUGGAAGAAGAAAAUGUUCCUGCUUUGAAGGCAUUUCUUGAGAAGUGCAAAGAUGUGGAUGAGAGGGACGAGAAUGGUCAGACUCCUUUAAUGCUAGCUGCAGAGCAAGGCAAUUUAGAAAUUGUCCAAGAAUUGAUAAAGAAAGGCGCCAAUUGUAACUUAGAAGAUUCAGAUAACUGGACAGCUCUUAUCUCUGCAGCUAAAGAGGGGCAUACUGCUAUUGUAUCAGAACUCCUUACGUGCAAUGUCAAUAUAGAACAUCGAGACAUGGGUGGGUGGACACCCCUUAUGUGGGCAUGCUACAAAGGCUGUACAGAAGUAGCUGAACUGCUUCUUGAAAGAGGAGCAAAUCCAAACAUCACUGGUAUACAAUAUAGUGUGUAUCCGAUAAUUUGGGCAGCAGGCCGAGGCCAUUCUCGUAUAGUGCAUCAUUUGCUGCAACAUGGAGCUAAAGUCAACUGCUCUGACAAGUAUGGUACUACACCAUUGAUCUGGGCAGCAAGAAAAGGACAUCUGGAAUGUGUAAAGUAUUUGUUGCAGAUGGGAGCAGAUGUAGAUCAGGAAGGAGCUAAUUCUAUGACUGCACUUAUUGUAGCUGUAAAAGGUGGCUUUACAGAUUCAGUGAAAGAAAUCCUGAAAAGAAAUCCAAAUGUGAACUUAACAGAUAAAGAUGGAAACACAGCUUUGAUGAUUGCUUCAAAGGAGGGACACACAGAAAUUGUGCAGGAUCUCCUUGAUGCAGGAACUUACGUAAAUAUUCCGGAUAGAAGUGGAGAUACUGUGCUGAUUGGGGCUGUCAGAGGUGGUCAUGUUGAAAUUGUGAGAGCUUUGCUUCAUAAAUAUGCUGACAUAGACAUUAGAGGUCAGGAUAAUAAAACAGCUUUAUAUUGGGCUGUUGAAAAAGGAAAUGCUACCAUGGUAAGAGAUAUUUUGCAGUGUAAUCCAGACACUGAAAUAUGUACAAAGGAUGGUGAAACACCUCUUAUAAAGGCAACCAAAAUGAGAAAUAUUGAAAUAGUUGAGCUUCUGCUGGACAAAGGAGCGAAAGUUUCUGCUGUAGAUAAGAAAGGAGACACUCCACUUCAUAUUGCUAUUCGUGGCAGGAGCCGUAGGCUUGCAGAGCUGCUUUUAAGAAACCCUAAAGAUGGCAGGCUACUUUAUAGGCCUAAUAAAGCUGGCGAAACCCCUUACAACAUUGAUUGCAGCCAUCAGAAAAGCAUCUUAACUCAAAUCUUUGGUGCUAGGCACUUGUCUCCUACUGAAUCUGAUGGAGAUAUGCUGGGUUAUGAUCUUUAUAGCAGUGCAUUAGCCGAUAUUCUUAGUGAACCAACGAUGCAGCCACCAAUUUGUGUUGGGCUGUAUGCCCAAUGGGGAAGUGGCAAAUCUUUCUUGCUCAAGAAACUUGAAGAUGAAAUGAAAACAUUUGCUGGACAGCAGAUUGAACCUUUGUUCCAAUUUUCCUGGCUUAUUGUGUUCCUUUCACUUUCAUUGUGUGGAGGCCUUGGCUUAUUGCUCGCAUUUACCGUAGAUGAAAAACUUGGAAUAGCAGUGGCAUUGAGCUUAUUAGCACUGCUAUAUAUAUUUUUCACUGUAAUAUAUUUUGGGAGCCGAAGAGAAGGAGAAAAUUGGAAUUGGUCAUGGGUGCUUAGUACAAGAUUGGCAAGACAUAUUGGCUACAUGGAAUUACUUCUUAAACUCAUGUUUGUGAACCCACCUGAGCUGCCAGAGCAAACUACUAAAGCCUUACCUGUCAGGUUUCUGUUUACAGAUUACAAUAGAUUGUCCAGCGUAGGUGGAGAAACCUCAAUGGCUGAAAUGAUUGCUACCCUUUCAGAUGCCUGUGAGAGAGAAUUUGGGUUUUUAGCAACACGUCUUUUUCGAGUAUUCAAAACUGAAGAAACUCAAGGUAAAAAGAAAUGGAAGAAAACCUGUUGUCUCCCAUCCUUUGUUAUCUUCCUCUUCAUUUUGAGCUGCAUUGUUGCUGGGAUCACUCUUAUAGCUUAUUUUAAAGUGAAUCCUGAAAACAUGACAGUGAAUGCUAUUCUGAUUUCAUUUGUAUGCAUUGUGGGUUUGAGCUUUAUCUUGAACUGUCGCACGUGGUGGCAAGUGAUGGACUCCAUCUUAAAUUCACAGAGAAAACGGCUUCACAAUGCUGCUUCAAAACUACACAAGCUGAAGAGUGAAGGAUUUAUGAAAGUUCUUAAAUGUGAAGUAGAGCUGAUGGCAAAAAUGGCAAAAACUAUAGAUAGCUUUACUCAGAAUCAAACCAGGCUUGUAGUAAUUAUUGAUGGAUUGGAUGCAUGUGAACAGGACAAAGUUUUACAGAUGCUUGAUACAGUUCGAGUCCUUUUUUCGAAAGGCCCAUUUAUUGCCAUUUUUGCUAGUGACCCUCAUAUCAUUAUCAAGGCAAUUAACCAGAAUCUGAACAGUGUACUGAGAGACUCAAAUAUAAAUGGACAUGAUUACAUGAGAAAUAUAGUUCAUUUACCUGUAUUUCUUAACAGUCGUGGACUCAGUAGUGCUAAAAAGAUGAUGGUGGCUGCAACUACAAAUGGAGAUGUUCCAUAUACAGAUAGUACUGGAUUUCAUGAAGACAUUGAUCGAAGAGUUUCACAGAAUAGCCUGGGAGAUGUGACUAAGCUUGGAAGCAAAACAGCUCUCAACAGAAGGGAUACCUACAGAAGAAGGCAAAUGCAGCGUACCAUUACACGUCAAAUGUCUUUUGAUCUGACCAAGCUGUUGGUUACAGAAGACUGGUUCAGUGAUAUUAGCCCACAGACAAUGAGGCGAUUGCUUAAUAUUGUUUCUGUGACAGGGCGUUUAUUGAGAGCUAAUCAGAUCACUUUCAACUGGGAUAGGCUGGCAAGCUGGAUCAACUUAACAGAGCAAUGGCCAUACAGAACAUCCUGGCUUAUAUUGUAUUUGGAAGAAACAGAAGGUGUUCCAGAUCAACUAACUUUAAAAACAAUCUAUGAGAGGUAA